AUGAUUAAACUGAUGGAAGAGGAGUAUAGGUUGCUAGAAAGUGCCUUUGAGGCUGCAGAUAUCAGAGACGAGCAGAUGUAUCCACUCUAUGACCAAAAUUCAUCCACAUUUAUUGCCAGAACUAGUUUUAAUUUAACAUGGUUUAUGCUAACCAGUUUUAAUUUAACGGGACUGAAGUCUUGCAUCUGUGAGAUUGAGAGAUUUAUCUUUGACUUUCUAGUUCUAACCAAGGGCUGGUACACUCACAUACUGGACCGGAUCCGUAUCAAUGCUUUCCGUAAUGAAUUGGCUGGUGGAUUAUAUGAAGAUCUUCUUUUGUCAGCGGCAGCAUCAGCAGAAGCUGCUGUUGGAAAUGCUGUCUAUGUUGUUCCAUCCUUCUACAAUCAUGAUUGUGAUCCCAAUGCACACAUUUUAUGGAUAGAAAAUGUGGACGCAAAAAUGAAGGCUCUCCGUGACAUUGAAGAAGGUGAAGAGUUGCGAAUAAGCUAUAUUGAUGCAAGUAUGGACCGUGAUGCUCGGCAAAAGAUCCUGUUCGAACGGUUUGGUUUUCGUUGCCGAUGUCUACGUUGUUCUUCAAAUGAUUAA